GAUUUCUUCUUCUGGGAUUAUCAAAGGAACCAGAAUUGCAGCUUCUCAUAUUCGGGCUUUUCCUCUCCAUGUACCUGAUCACUGUGUUUGGAAACCUGCUCGUCAUCCUGGCUGUCAGCUCAGGCCCCCACCUGCACACCCCCAUGUACUUCUUCCUCUCCAACUUGUCCUUUGCAGACAUCUGCUUCACCUCCACCACCAUCCCAAAGAUGCUGUGGAACAUCCAGACUCACAGCAAAGUCAUAACCUAUGAAGGCUGCAUCAUCCAGAUGUAUUUUUUCUUACUGUUUGGGGGACUGGAUGCCUUCCUCCUGACUGUGAUGGCCUAUGACCGGUAUGUGGCCAUCUGUCACUCUCUGCACUACAUGGUCAUCAUGAAACCCCGGCUCUGCGGUCUCCUGGUUCUGUCAUCUUUUAUUAUGAGUUUCCUGUAUUCCUUGCUACAGAGCUUAAUGGUGAUGCAGCUGUCCUUCUGUACAAACAAUGAAAUCCCUCACUUUUUCUGUGAAACCAGUCAGGUUGUCCUACUUGCCUGUUCUGACACCUCCAUCUGUGACAUGGUGAUGUAUUUUGCAGGAGUGCUGAUGGGUGGUGGUUCCCUCACGUGUAUUCUUUACUCUUACUCUCAGAUAGUCUCCUCUAUAUGUGGAAUCUCAUCAGCUCAGGGGAAGUAUAAAGCAUUUUCCACCUGUGCAUCUCACCUCUCAGUUGUCUCCUUAUUUUACUCUUCAGUCCUAGGAGUGUACGUUGCUUAUGCUGAUACCCACGGCUCACAGUCAAGCGUAAUCACCUCGGUGAUGUACACUGUGGUCACACCCAUGCUGAACCCUUUCAUCUACAGUCUCAGGAAUAAUGACAUAAAAGGAGCUCUGAAAAUAUUAUUUACAAAGGAAACUAUAAAAGAGAUAAUUGACUUGAUGUUGAAGAACUGCUGUUAA